AUGAAAAUGAUCUCUAAACCCUUUCCAAUAUUUUGUGCCACAGUUUUUGCUGUUAUUUGGAUUUUAGGACCAUUUUUGAGUAUUGGAUUCAGUCUUUGGAUCUUGUUUUUCUCAGAUUUUUGGCCUGCCGGAUUACUGUAUCUUGCAUGGUUUUGGUUAGAUUUUGAAAUUGAAAAAAGAGGUGCAAGGCCAAAGGUAAUUGAGACUUGAUAAGUUUUUUGAAAAACUGCUACAUUUUUCAGAAACUUAUAACUGAAAAUGAGUUCUUCAAAGGUUUCGCCUCCUAUUUUCCAGUUAAUUUGGUGAAAACUUGCAAACUUCCAACAAAUCGUAAAUAUAUUUUUGGUUGUCAUCCACAUGAUUUAUUAUCUAUUGGAGUCUUCACUAAUUUUGCAACAAAUGCCACAGGAUUCGAUAAACUAUUUCCAGGGAUUCGACCUUUUGUAAUGACCCUAAGUUCACAAUUUUAUUUUCCAAUUCGACGAGAUUUAGUGGCAUCUUUCAAUGUUGUAGAUUCAACUAAAAAAUCAUUAAAAUAUUUAUUAUCCAAAACAUCAACUGCAUGUUGUAUUGUAAUUGGUGGAGCCGAAGAAUCAUUAGAACCAGCAUACACUUUAAUUUUGAAAAAUCGAAAAGGAUUUUGUAAAUAUGCUUUGGAAUUUGGCGCAGAUUUAGUGCCAGUUUAUAAUUUUGGAGAAAAUGAAGUUUAUGAAAAAUAUGAAACAAGAGAAGAUUCAUGGAUUAGAUAUUGGCAAAUGAAAAUGAUUGAUUUGAUUGGUUUUAGUGCACCAAUUUAUCGAGGAGUUCCAAUUUUCGGAUUAUAUUUUUUGAGUAUUGUUCCAAAAGCAAAACCAAUUACAACAGUAGUAGGAAAAGCUAUAAGGUAAUUUUCUUUACAAUUAGAGUAAUCAAACAUUCGGAAUUCAUUUUCAGGGUAACUCAAUGCAAUAAUCCAUCCCAAGAACAAAUUGAUCAACUUCAUUCGAAAUACUGUGAAAAAUUAAUUGAAUUGUUCGAAAAACACAAAAAAUUGCAUAAGAUUCCAAAAAAUGUUCAUUUGACCAUCAAAUAA